AUGACGGAUAAGCUCCCUCCUAACCUGUUGGCGCUCUUCGCGCCGCGCCCUCCUCUGCGAUGGGUUGCGCCGCCCGACCAUGCGCCCGAGGCCCGACGAACCCUCCCCGUCUCUGGACUCGCCGAAUUCCUUCCCGCGCUCCAACAAUACAAGGAGGAGGACGACUACAAGCCGACGGAAAGUUGGCUUCAGAUGCGCGACCGCAAGAAGCUUGAGAAGCAGGCAGCUGUUGAGAAGCUCAAAACCGAGGGGCCGAAGGACUUCAAGCCGCAUGAGGAUCCCAACAUUCGUGGCGACGCUUUCAAGACGCUCAUUGUUGCGCGACUCUCGUACGAGGCAAAUGAGCAAGACCUCGAGAGAGAGUUUGGUCGAUUCGGCCCCAUUGAGCGCAUUCGCAUCAUCACUGACACGCAUGCCCAUGAGAGACCCAAGAAGAAGAAGAAGCCCCACCGAGGAUACGCUUUUGUAGUAUUUGAACGAGAGAAAGACAUGAGAGGUAAUACCGCCGAACCCACCCCCUCCGACAAGACUCGGCUUGUCUGCCAGUCGUUCCCCUUCAGACGUGCGGCCCUCAAGCUUGCCCACGUUCUGCACUUCACACCGAGAUCUGUGGCCCUCAAGCUUGCCCUAGCUGCUCUAGAUGCCUGCGAUGGUAUUCGAAUCAAAGACCGACGUAUCAAGGUAGACGUCGAGCGGGGCCGCACCGUCAAGGGCUGGGUGCCCCGCCGAUUUGGCGGUGGCCUCGGUGGCAGAGGUUACACCAAGGCUCUUCCUGCCCGUCCCAUGGGUGGCGGACCUGGUGGCAACUUUGGCGGUGGCUUCCGAGGCGGUUUCCGUGGCGGCUUCGAGGGAGGUCGCGGACGUGGAGGCUUCAGGGGAGGCGGUGGAGGUUUCGGUGGUCGUGGUGGCUUCCGCGGCGGCGGCGAUUUCGGCUCCAGGGGUGGUGACCGCGGACCGAACGGAUACGGCGCACCCAGAGACGCCCCUUCAGGACCUGGUCGCGGCUUCGGAGGCGAUCGUGGUGACCGAGGCGACCGCAGCUUCUCCGGUGGUGGGUAUGACCGUGGUGGUGGCCGCUCAUAUGACGACAGAUCCGGUGGCGUUGGCGGCGGCGGCGGCUACCGCGAUGGAGGCCGCUUUGGCGAUCGGGACCGUGACGGUGGCCGACGGACUGGAAGCAACAUGGAACCCAUCAGGCCUAGAGGGGAAGGUGGGUAUCGCGACCGUGGUGACCGCGGAGACCGAGGCGACAGAGAGGACCGGGACCGCGGCCGAGACAGAGACAGAGAUUACGACCGACCUCGUGAAGACGACAGUAGAAAACGCGGCUACGAGGGCGGUGGCUACGAGGAUCCUCGCAAGUUGCGUCAAGGUUUCAAGCGCGAAUUUCGAGUACCUCCAUAUUCGGACCAAAGAGAACUCGGACAAAGCUCGGAUGCAAGCUUGGGGCAAGUAUACGCAAUUACCAGGCAGGCCAGCAGUGUUCACAACAAAUCAUCACACGAACCACCAACUUCCAAAGAACUGAUUCAGCAUCUUGUUGAAGGUAAACCUCGCCACGUGCAUACACAACCUGCCCAGGCUACGACUGCCGUAACAAGGAACUCCGACAACGGCUCGAUGCUGCAGGUAAGGUCAGAGGUAAGGGACUCUGUGCCUACUGACCUGGAGCUUAGUGAAGGAGGAUUCGUACCGGGAAACAAUCAAAAAGGAUGGGGCAAAUCCACAUACGUCGUAUCCGUACUUCAGCUUCCUAUCAUCCGGCUGCUCGAGUUGUAUCCAGUCGUUGCCGAGAGUGCAUAUCACCGUCCCAUAAUUCCUAUGCACCAAACUUUAUCUGAUGAAAGAUGCCCAAAAAAACGAACUACCCACGGCAUUUUUCAGAGCCAGCCCGGCCUGCUCCUAGCCAAUCUGAAUGGAAAGGAACAGUCAAACCUUUCGGCUAUCGACUACAACGGAUGA